GGUUCCCGAAGCGGAACCGGCCGUUUCCGGAAACUGACUGUCGCCGGAGGAGUCAGACAGCAGAUUGCGGUUUGAGAGUCCCUGCAGCCGCCACUGCAGUCCGGCUUCUGUCAGUUUGCCCGCCGCGGCGGAGAGAGAGACAUGUCCUUGCUCUGCUACAAUAGAGGCUGCGGCCAGCGCUUCGAUCCUGAAACCAACACGGAUGAUUCUUGCACAUAUCAUCCAGGAGUUCCAGUCUUUCAUGAUGCUUUAAAGGGUUGGUCUUGCUGUAAGAGAAGAACAACAGAUUUUUCUGAUUUCUUAAGCAUUGUGGGCUGUACAAAGGGUAAGCACAAUGAUGAGAAACCACCUGAGCCUGUCAAACCUGAAGUCAAGACUACCUCUGAGAAAAAGGAAUUGUCUGAAUUGAAACCUAAAUUUCAAGAACACAUCAUCCAAGCCCCUAAACCAGUAGAAGCAAUAAAAAGGCCAAGCCCAGAUGAACCAAUGACAAACUUGGAGUUGAAAAUAGCUGCUUCACUAAAACAAGCACUGGAUAAGCUUAAACUGUCAUCUGAGAAUGAAGUAGAUAAAAAGGAUGAGGACAGUGAUGAAAUUAAGAUUGGGACUUCAUGUAAAAAUGGCGGCUGUGCUAAGACAUACCAAGGUCCACAGAGUAUAGAAGAAGUUUGUAUUUUUCAUUCUGGAGUCCCUAUUUUCCAUGAAGGGAUGAAAUAUUGGAGCUGUUGCAGAAGAAAAACUUCUGAUUUUAAUACAUUUUUGGCCCAAGAAGGAUGUACAACAGGAAAGCAUUUGUGGACAAAAAAAGAUGCCGGGAAAAAAGUUGUUCCAUGUCGGCAUGACUGGCAUCAGACAGGAGGUCAAGUUACCAUCUCAGUAUAUGCUAAAAAUUCACUUCCAGACCUUAGUCACGUAAAGGCAAAUAGUACACUGUUAAAUAUUCACAUUGUAUUUGAAGGAGAAAAGGAAUUUCAUCAAAAUGUCAAAUUAUGGGGAGUAAUUGAUGUAAAGAGGAGUUUUGUAAAUAUGACAGCCACGAAGAUUGAGAUCACAAUGAGAAAAGCUGAACCUAUGCAGUGGGCAAGGCUUGAACUACCUUCACCCAAAAUACAAGAUGAAAAAAAAGAAGAUAUAGCAGAUUGAAAGCAAAGGAGUGUGGGGAGGGACGGGACAUUAGCUAUUACCUGUUUUGAGGUUUCUAAUACUGUGUGAUGAAGUGGUGACUUGCUAUUGUAAUCAUAUACACACAUAGACAUAUAUUUGUAUGCACAUACAUGUUACUAAUAUGGCAUUCCAGACCUAGUCAAAAAUAGAUUCCUAGAAACUAAAAUCUUUUCUUCUUUCCCAAAUUUCUUUGGGCUAAAUGGGAGUGUUCUUGCUAUCUAAAUGUUGAACUUAAUAGAAUUAAAUUCCUGAGUCAGAAAAAGAAAGCUUUCUUCCCUUAACACCAUUCAAUACUUCUCAGUAUCAGUCAUGUUAAUGCGAGAAACAGGAAGGGGGCAUUUCCUGUGUUUCCUCAUGUCACUUUCUUUUAUUUCAUAUUGCUACAGUACUGUGGGAUAUAAGGGUUUUAUUCCUUUAGGUGUUUGAAUUCCAUAGUUUUAGGUGGGGGGAGGGGCUGUAAGCAGCAGGAAAAAAUUUUUUUCCAUUUCAAGCUGAGUCACAUAUCCGUGGUGCAAGUAAAUUAGGCCAUUAAAAUAGGAUGGACAUUUUUUUCCUAGGAGGAUAUCCUUAGAGGUGAUGAGGAUAGUAAUGAAAAGGGAGUGUGUAUGUUGUUUAAUUUGUCAAAAAAAUAAUUGCAGAUAGCUUCCCUGUAUUAAUUCCAUUUCUUAUCAAGCAGUCUGAUACUGCUAAGCUAUAUGGGAGUGGAGGGGGAAGGAUUAACAUACAGAAUUUGAAAGUAUCAAUUUGGCCCUGAUUUACUUAUUUUAUAUAAAAAUUAUGUUAAAUGACUUUCUUGUGUGAUUAUUUAAAGAUCUCAAAGCCCUUGUUAAUUUGUGUGUGUGUGUGUUAUACCUACAGCUAUUGACUCAUUUACACCAUAUGAGUUCACCACCAAAUUGGCAAAUUGUACUUGAAACUAAUUUGAGGGAAAUAAUAACUUCUAUCACAUAGAAGGCAGGAGUUUUUUGUUUUGGUUUUUUCUCUGUGACUCCAGAGGACAGAACUUGUAACCAUAAAUGCAUGUUACAAAGUAGAUUCUUCUAGAAUAAUUUUUAAAAAUACUGAUGGAGUUUAUUAAAAAAUGAAAUGGACUGCCUCAUGAGAUGUAAUGAUUUUUUUCUGAUAAUUACAAGUGUUUACUGUAGAUGAAUGUCAAAGAUGUUCUAGAGGGAAUUUAUUUCUGCAUAUGAAAUAAUUGUUUGGAUUAGACUAUGACCUCUAUACGGUUCCUUUCUUCUCUGAAAUUCUGUGUUAAAAGUAUGAAUCCAUUAAUUAAAACACUGAAAAUAUUGGCAUUAGUUCAGUACAAAGUGAAAAUAGAUUUGACCAUAAUAAUAACUACCUAAACUUUCAGGCAGACUGUUUUAAUCUGACAAAAAAAAAUAACACUCUAGACAGAUGAUAACUAAUCAAAUAAGAAAUUUAUAUUUCCUAUAGAAUUACUUUUACUUUUAUACUAUUAUAAUAAAAAUUACAUGUUUUGGGAUCUUUUUUUGCUUCUACUUCAUGAAGACAGUGCAAUUUUGCAUGUUUAUUGUCUAAUAGAAGUUUAAAUGCUAAUUAAGGUAUCCAUUAAAUAACAUUUUCUAUCAUGGCGUUAUGCAAACAUUUGUGGAAAAUUUCAACAAUCCUAUUACAUACAAAGGCUCAUUCUGGCAGACUUCAGAAAUGGGGGUUGAAUACUUCAGUUACAAAUGUUAAAAUUAGGUAAUUACCAUAAAUCUUUAGAUUCUUUGUUGCUAAUAACGUUUAUCACAAAACUGGGGAGGGGAGAAUGUUUAACAAAUAUGAGGAUUUAACAUAAUCUACGAGUGGUCUUUAUAAACAUACCACAAUAAAAGGGCCUUGACUGACAUUUUUGUGAAGACAGUGUAAGUAACUUCUCUGAAAAGCAAAUUGGAAGGUUGAUAAUUUGAGGUAGUGCUUGAACCCUAAUUGCCACACCACUCACUGUGGGCAUUAACAUUUGUUCCUGUGGAACAAAUAUAAAAUCAUUUCAUUUGAUUGCAUCAUGUUUUCAAAGCGCUAGUCAAUAUUAGGUGUGACGUACCUAUGUUGUACUUUUCUUUACCAUGAACAAUGCUAAUGUUUCAGUAAGUAAUAAAUCUAAAAUUAUAUGCAUAGAGUUUGGUAGCAUCAAUGAUGAUAUACAUUGUUCACGUAUACGUGUUCACAAGAUGGUAUAUUUUAGUUGAUAAAAUAUAAAUUUAAGAAAUCUGCCAAGCAACUAACAUUUUACUAGACUUUUAUCAUCACAGAUGAUAGUAGUAGCAGCAAACAUAUGGCUCAUUGGAUUGUUUUACAAUUUUAAUUUUUUUUUCCAAUUACUUAUACCUUAGUUUCUUUAUGGUUUGGAUUCUGUCCUAAUUCAUAAUUAUGAAAUCUUCUUCCACUGUGUAUAGAUUCAUAACUAAUCAAGAAAUCUGUACGAUAUAAUUAUACUACAAAUGAAUUUCUCAAGCUAAUCUUUUAUAAAAAUCUGGCUUUACUGAUGCAGUUUUCCCUAGAAAUUGCAUUUUGAUGGAUAUUCACAAAUUUGCACAAAGGGCCUUGGUAUGGACAAAAGUUGAAAUUCCUAAGGCAGUUAUAAGGGUGCUUUAAAGCAAUCAUUCUAACUGAAUUAUAGCUAUACGUUUGUAUUUGACAAAUCAUUUCUUAUUGAUUCUGGACACAAAAUAUUGCUUGCUAUUCUUUGAUUAAUAAAAUAUAGAGUAUAGAAACUUACACUAGGUAAAUUGAAAGCAAAUAAUCUUUCCUUCAGUGACCCCAACCAUUAUUCUAAUUUUUUUUUUUUUGUCCUCUAUCCCUGCUCUGGUCCUGCCACCCACCCCACCUAAAAGGAAGUAGUAAGGAAACUUUACUAACUUCCUAAGUUUAUAUUUUACUUCAUCUUUAACCUUUUUUAUAAUAUGUUGAUCACAGUAAGUCUCAAACAGAACAAAGAAUACAAUAAACUUCUGCCUGUUUGUGGUUUUAUCUAGAAUCACUAUUUUAUUGUGUUACUAAAAACUAAAUUUUUUUAAUUUUCCACUCUUCACUUCCUGAUAUUUUGAUUUCCUUUUGUCACCACAUCUUUGAUAACAUUUUCAAAUGGAGAGUUGUCCUGUAAGAGUUUAGUUAAAGGCAGUUUUAUGAGGAUGGUUCCUUUUUCUGUAAUAAAUUUGUAAAUAUUUGUAAAAAAAAGAUGUAAACCAAAAUCAACCUAUUAUAAACGGCCAUUAAUGAAGUCAUGUAAUGUAAUUUUGUCAAUCCUAUCUCAUUACUGUUGAGUAAUACUCAUUACCUGUUUCCCUAUCCUGGUCAUAUUUGUUAUAUUUUUAUAGUGGCAUAGAACUGUAAUACUGCUUCAGUAUUUAUAUAUUGUGUAUGAGAUUUUAAUUCCCUUUUUUGGCUGUAAAUCUAUUUGGUUUCAAAGAAUUCUUUAGGGGAAAUUAAAAUAUUCAUGCCCAGUGUUUUUUUUCCCUGAAGUAAAUGUUUUCUGUGGUCUGGUAUCAGUUUGAAGACAAGUAACUUUCUUUUAUUGAAGUAAGAGUCAGUCAUUCUAAUAUUCUGUAGUUCACUAUUUUAAAAUCUUUUAACUUUUACCUUUGGAUUUAGGGCAUUUGCUUUACCAAGUCACCAUUUCAGCAAUUUCUUGGUUUUUAUUAUGAAAGUUAACUCAAUUGGCACAACCUUGCAAUUCUUUUAUCCUUGGCCUGGAUUAAUAAAUGCUGUAAUGGUUAAAUGUGAUUUCUUCCCACUGCUUCCCACCCAAAGAUCAUUUUGAGUGAAAUAGCUUCUGCUUUUUAAAGUUAAUAUUUGUGAGUGUCUGGAACACUAUUUUGUGAGACCAAUAUGCCAUCUAUAACAAAUGCCUUUUCAAUUACUGGUCUUUUCAUUUUUUUUAUUAUUAUUAUGCAUGGUUGUCUAAUUCUCUGCAUUGGGGGAAUGGGAGUGUUCAUGAAGUAUUUUUCUUUAAGAAUGUUUUCUAAAGAAUAAGUUAUUUGCUUGUUAACUUUUAGGUUCUCACUUUGAACAAUCACCACCUUUAUUGUCUGUGUUGAAGCAAUAUAAUAAAAAGCUUAUGUUCCUGA